CUCCAUAUGUACUUUUUUGGAUUUAUCUCCCUUUGUAAUGGAAUCCGUUCCAUGACGGACAUUCACUGACACAAUAUUCUGAGCCAACCACGGCUUUUUUACCAUCAUCCUGUAGAUGUAUUAAAGUUUGAAUAAUCUACUAAGUUUGGUUAUCUGUAAUGCAAAUCUAUGCACGAGGCAUAACAGUAAAAAAGCCCGUAACUGGUGAGAAGAACUUGUGCCUGCCAUUAUGUCAACAAUUUCAAGAGAAGGAUCUUCUGAGGAGCAAUCUGUUGCUGUUGACGACGAUGCGGUACGGAAAUUAAGAACUCUGACAAUUAGAGGCCAAGAUCUUUAUGAAGAAUCAAGAGAUUGGCAUACUCGACAGAUAAAGAAAUUCUGGAGUACAGUUGACGCAGUUAUUGAUACAGCUAAUUCGCUUAAAGAUGAUAACUUACAAGAACUUCAGGAGGUUCAACGAGAAUUGACACUGCAUGUAGACCAAUUCUCAGCACUCUGUACUCUCUACUUCGAAUUUCUAACGAAGUAUAACACCAAUGAGAGCCUACAGGAAAAGUCAUAUUUCGAAACAACUUUUCGAGGCUACAAUAUACUAAUAGAUGCAUCACUAAGAAGUCUUCGUCAGCGAAUAUCAGAUGCACUACGCAAAGAUACAGACAGAGGAUCAGUCAGUUCUUCAAGACGAUCUGGAGCUAAAACAAGUAGCUCACGAAACACGAGUACAAGCUCCUUGUACCUAAAAUCCAAAGCUAAAGCAGAAGCAGCAAGGGUACGCCUGCAAUAUGUUCAGGAAGAAGCAGAAUUAAAAAAGAAACAAGCUAACUUAGAUGAACAAUUUGAAAUAGAAACUGCUAAGUUCAAAGCAGCAGCACAGAAAGAAAAGGCUGAAUUAAAUGCAGAACUUGACGUUCUAUCAUACAAAAAGGAAGUAGCGGCAGCUGAAGCUGAAGUCGAAGUGUUACAAUCUGAAGGAUCAGAUGAUCGUACUGAAAGAAGCUGUUCAGGAAUUAAAUCUAUUGCUAGUAAAAGAACACAAGCCUAUGUGGCUGAACAAUCUUCCCUAAAAUUAAACUCUGUUUUACAACCAGGACCAGAAUUUGAGAUUCCAUAUAUGGUACCUUCAACUAGAAACGAACCUAAAAAAUUAUUUGAUAUCCCACAUGUGGUGCCAUCAGUGGCAAGUGAACCUCUUUCACAAACAGAUCAAAUUCAUGAAGAAACACCUAUUAUGGAACAAGCAGAAAUCCAAAACAAAACUAUAGAAAAGAUAGACAACAGUGUUACAAGUGACCUCACAAGAUUUCUACUGAAGAAAGAGUUACUUUUAUCACGCUUAAUUAACUUCAAUGAUAAGCCAGAAUUUCAAUUGUACUUGGAAGUCAAGUUUCAUAAACAUCAUGACAGAAUUACAAGUUACACCUAUAGAAGAGAUUGAC